GGGCGAAACAAUAUAAUUCCGGAUCUGCAUGAGAGCAUGAGUGGCUACUGGGGGAAAGCCAUAAUUCUACAAAUGACCAAAACAACACAUUCACAGUCAACUUAAGGCGCUUGAAUCGUAGCCUAGAAACAUUCCAUUUUCCAACGAAGCACCGCUGUUACCCACUGAACCAUCCCCAAUUGCCAAGCCAGUAACCACUACAGGAUGCACGCCAGUUGACCAGACACUGUGCAAUCUUAUGGUUGCACCAAGUUAAGCUGAUUUAGAUUCAGAGCUACGGACGUCGAUGCUCCGCAAGAUGCGCUCUGCAAACGCAAGUCACGUCAUAUCAGUUCAAGCUCAUCCGCAUCAUCCAAUAAAGAGCGCCAGCACUCCAAGUCAGACUGGGAUGAAUUCCAUCCGAGCAACCCAUUCAAUCCGCGCUUUAGACUUCCAGUCCAAUGGCCUUCAGCCCAAGACCUGGACUACCUUUAGGUGCCGUGCACUGGCUCGAGCCAUGCCGACGAUAGCCUUUAUGGAGCCAGGGGCUUGGCCAGUUACCCGCGGAGACUGACGAGAUUCGGUAAUUUUCAUUCCCAGAGACACCGGAGAGCAGUUCAUGAUGCAAGAUUGACUGUUCACUGGGAGCGUGACUCCUGCAAUUACUCGAGACUGCAAGUGAUUCCCUUCUGCUGACUCCGAAGCGGGAGAGAGUCUGGUUCCUUACCCUUUUGGGCGAUUCUAUGAGGUAUUUUGGGCCGUAACACUGACCGGUAUUCAGCCAGGUGCAGCCCCGGCACGGCCUCGCACGCUUGAUGUCAAGCGAUCAGGGAACUACCCCAGAUAUCAGAAGCAGGAGAAACUUCUGGGGAUUGAAGAGCCAGACACUGUAGCGGAAUUACGGUUCAGCACAACAUCGGCAACAUGGCAAAGGUUAGCCGAAUUGACCCGACGCUCACGGGGGCGGAUGAUUACAUACGCGAGGCAUACAGUAUCGAUACCGG